GAUUUAGCCAGUUCUUUACUUGUGAUAAUUUUUAACCAAAGUGCUAAAUCAGUUGUUUUUUCGUUCGUGCAAAAUAGCCGUGUAAUUUUUUUGUUAGUGCAGAUGUUGCAAAUGACUGCAAUGUCAAUGAGGCGUCUCGGGCCACGUGCAAUGUUCUAUCUUUCAGCUGCAGUAUCUGAUUAUUAUGUUCCUUGGAAGGACAUGGUGGAGCACAAAAUUCAGUCAGGAUCUUACCUUUUGGACGUCAAACUCGUUCAAGUGCCAAAAAUGUUGUCGGUGCUAAGGGAAGAAUGGGCUCCAUCUGCCUUCUGCAUAUCUUUCAAGUUAGAGACAGAUUCAAACAUUCUUCUGAAGAAAGCUGAUAAGGCUCUUGAAAAGUACAGAUGCAUGCUGUUGUUUGCAAACGAACUCUCCACUCGCAAGGAGGAAGUGGUGGUUGUCACCAGUUCUGAGAAGACCACUGUUCGGCGCAAUAAGAGUCAACCUGGUGAUGUUGUAGAGAAUCCCCUAAUUAAGCUUCUUUCCGGGAAACAUUUAGCUUUCAUUGAAGAAUCUAGCAGAUGAGUCAAAAUAAUGAGAUCCUGAUCAGCUGUCUUUUUGGGACACUAAAACUUUCGCUUUUAUUGGACAAAUUC